AGUAACGGCCUAACCCCCGUAAUAGCAACAUCGUGUCAGUGCUAUUAGUGACGUCUAUCGACGUUGCGAUCGUCGCGGCCAACAGGAAGGAAAAAAAGAAUUUUUUAAGAAACCGUACCCGUGGAUCUAUACCGUCGAAAGAUGUAAACGGUCCGCCCCGACUUUGUGAAUUAUCGACAAAGGAACGUUGUAAACGCGUAUUACACGUUUACUGUGCGCGUGUGAAUCGAUCGACGCACGUAGAUCGUUCGUCCGUUGAGUUCGUUUAAUAUGAGAUCGGCGGGUUCACCCUGUUUCCUCGGAAUGGAAGACGCGUUCGCGAACGCCGCAUGCCAUCAUUCUUAACGACCCCUUUUGGGACAAAUUUACCCGUGACCGCUCGCCGCAUUUGGGUUAACAUCGAUCGAGUUCCUCGGGUCUCUAGCUUUUAGAAAUCGAGAAGGGCUGGCCGAUAUAUCGACGCACGUGACACUCUUUCGAGAUAUGCGACACGUCGGAAAUCUUUCGCCAAGAUUUUCGAUCGUCGACCGCUUAAAAUCCCCACGUAUCGUUUAUGGUGAAUGCACCACAUGUAUUCAUCGAAGAAAGGAGACCCUCUCUGUCCCCUUGGUUUCCACCCCCAAGUACGGUGGCCUACCCGCUGCAAACGAUGCUUCAGGGAUUACAAGGAACACGGGGGCAAGAAGGAUAGCUUGAGGGAUAUCACAUCUUCCUCGCCUAGUCUCUCCUUCGAUCAGUCGUCAAACCGCUCCUCGGAAAAUGGACGAAGGGUUUGGUCGUCCGCGACGAAUUUGGCGAAGGACGAUUUCAAGGCCAAUUCGAACACCACGUCGAAUGCAUCGGCCGGUUGGACGUCGCUCAUGGAUCUUUCUGCCAUCGACAAAGAAGAAGAGAGACUGGAAUCCAGGAGACCGUCGAAAUUGCAAAUCAAGGAGGUGAUAGACAACAGUAACGACAGAAAUUCGGAAAACGACGUCGAGUUCAUAAUUCAGGUGAAGAAAUCGCGGUCUGGUCCUCCGAAAAACGCUGUACAAAAUGAGGAUCGCCGGAUGGACGGGGAAACGACUGAGAAAAGCGAGGUGGAUAUAUUGAAGAAGCAAUUGAGUGAAUUGCAAGCGCGAUGCGAGAAAACCGAGAAGGAGAAGAGCGAGAUCUUGAUGAGACGAUUAGCAACGAUGGAAACCAUAUCGAGCAAAGCCUCGUCGAACGAUGUGCAAAAGUUACAAAAAAAGAACGAAGCCCUCGCGCAAGAGAAGACCAGUCUAAUGACAAAGAUACGAGAACUCGAGAAAGAAGUGAACAUAAAGACGUUCAGGGGCGAAAGGGACAGAGAAAAGGACGAGCUUCGUUCGAAAUUGAAAGCGGCUGAAAAUCUGUGCGAGAACUUGAUGGAUGAAAAUGAAGACAUGAAGAAAGAGAUACGACAAUUGGAGGAAGAGAUAUACGAAUUGCAGGACACGUUCAGGGAUGAGCAAGCGGACGAGUACGUCCGUCUGCGAAAAAGUUUGGAACAGUCGAAUAAAAAUUGUCGAAUUUUAUCGUUCAAGCUGAGGAAGGUCGAGCGAAAGGUGGAGGAGUUGGAGACUGAAAAAACAACUAUAGAGAAGAAGUACGAAGAGGUGAAAAAGGUCGACGAAACGUUGAAGAAGAUUAAAAGCGAAUUCCAAAACAGGCCUCAAAAGAAGGCGAACGAAUUCACGACCAAAGUGCAAUUAAAGAAACUGGUGGACGAAAUGGAGAAGGAAAUAGGCGAUAUGAUGACCGUUUUCACGAACGUUUCCGACGGCAAAGAUACGAACGUUCAGGAGAUAAAAACCAAGGAAUACGCGAAAUACGAUAAACUAUUGAAGGAGAACGACUUGCUCAAGGAAAAGCUAGACGCCGUGAUAAAAGAGUUGUCGGACGAGAAGGAUAAAAAGAAAAUAUCGCCGAGCGCGAAGACGGACGACAAGAAUACAGAUCUGCAGAACAUAAAGAAAAAGCUAGAUGAAGCCGUGACCAUGAGGGACGCCGAAAGAAAAGCAUGGGACGAAGAGAAAACUGGGCUGUUCGAGGAAAAGGAAAAGCUAAAGUCGAAGCUGCUGUCCCUUUCCGCGGAAAAGCUGAAGAUCUACAACGAGGUUGUCCAAGUGAAGAAAGAUUUAGAAACGGCCAAAUCGUCGGAGAAGGAAGGCGCGAAAAUGGAGAAAACGAUAAACGAGCUGAAGAGGGAACUGUCACAGGAACGAGAAAGAUGCAAGAAAUUGCAAGACGACUUGUCGGCGUACACGGAACGGGAAACCAAAAUGACACAGUCCAUGUCAUCCGUCGAGCAGACGAAGACCAAACUGGACGCGGAAGUGAAAAAAUUGAAGAAAGAGCUAGAAAACACUAAAUCUACGAACACUACGAAAGUGAAUGAUCUGACGUCGGAGGUGACGAGCCUGAAGAAAGAGAAGGAUAAGUUACUGUCUCAGAUCGAUCAGGAGAAACAAUCGAGGGAGACCGAAGUGUCCAUGUUGAAGAAGAAAGUCAGUUCGUUGGAGAAGACCGGUCUGAACACGAAACGUAUGAACGAGUUAAGGCAAACGUACAACGAGAAGAUUUUGAGCUUGGAGAACGAGCUGAAGAGAGGGCAACAGGAGUUCGACAAUCUAAGCGACAAGUGUAACGAACUCGGUAAUUUGAGGAAACAGCUCGAAACGGAUAACGAGUCUCUCAACAGCAAACUACGGGAACAAAACACGGAACUUAUUAGUAUUCGCAAAGAACUGGAAUCACUGCGACAAGCCACCAAAAUGAAGGAGAGCGAAUGGAAGUCGGAGAAAGCUAGUUUAGAAAAUCGAAUAAAAGAGAGCGAGUUGCCAAACAAAGCUUUAAUAGCAGACCUAAACAAUGACAUCAGUAAUUUGAAGAAGGAGAACAACACCUUGGUGACGCGAUUGGAGGACAUAAGAAAAGCGAACGACGAUCUCUCGGACAAGCUGAAGGAUUACGAGGCGGUGUCAAAGAUCCAUCAGGCUUUGACACCGGACACCACAGCUCUUGAGUCUGAGAUACGGAAGCUGAAGAACACUCUGGAGCACACGGAGAAGUCGAAGAAAACCGAUCUGGCGCAGUGCAAAAUGCGAUACGAGCACAGGAUCACGGCCAUCAACGACGAGAUCCAAGCUAUUCAGAAUCAGCUGUCCAGGUACAAACGCGAACGCGACACGUACAAGCACAUGUUGGAAGGCGCUCAGAAAACUAUCGCGGAAUUGAAGUCUUCCAGGGGUAGACCGUCGAACGCAUCUUCUACGAAAUCCGACGAGGAGGAAGAGGUGUCCGGUACCAGCGCGGUGGUUCUCGAAAGACAGAUCGUCAACCUGGAAGAUGAGCUCUCAGAAACUAGGCUGGAGGCGUCCAGGUUGAAGGCAGAACUGGUCUCUGAAAAAUCAGCGAGUCACGUUAAAGUGUCCGAACUUCAAUCGCGAAUUAACGAGUUGGAGGAGGAACGAGUGCUUAAUAGUGGGAGAACGAAGAUACCGGGGCUGAAGGUUCGCAUGGAGUUAGCGUGGCAGAAGGAAAGGGAGGAACAUCAGAGACUGUUGCAAGAAACAGCGACGCUGGCCAGAGAUUUGCGACAGACUCUGUUCGAGAUUGAAAGGGAACGUUCCAAAGAGCGUCUGGAGACCAAGAGGCGGCAAGACCAGUUGAAGAAGGUGUACGACGAAGAGAAGGAGGAAAGCAAGAAGAAAUUGUUGGAGUUACAAUGCGAUCUGCUGGAAUUGAGGGACGCCCACGCGAAGCUGAGGACCAGUAACGAAAAGAUGAGACGGGAAAAGGAACGACACGAAAAAGAACGGGAGGAGCUCAAGGACGCGAUCAUGAGGAAAUCCAAGCAAGAACAGAACGAAUUACGAAAUAUUAACAUGUUGCUUCAGCAAGUGAACGAUCUGACCAAACUAUUCCCCGAAUUGAACGGCAUAGCGGAAAAUGGAACUUCGAGCGCGUACACGCCUACGCCGCCCAGGCGACUGAAGGGACCAAAAUCGAGAGAAUCGUCGCCAAUGUUGGACUCGAGAAGCGAUACAAGAGGCUCAAAUUCACAACUCGGUGAGAGGACGGACAAGCUGGAGUACACUAUUAAAAACUUGAUGGACGUUGCAAGGAAAUUAAAGGAAUCGAAGAAGGCAGCGGACGAGGCUAACGUAACUCGACUGAAGAAACUUGGCAAAAGAUCGACAUCCGUGGAAAGUGAUCCAGGAAAAGGCAUGACGACGACUCGUUCGAAACCACGUUUGCAGAGGAAGAGUUUGUCUUUGGAACAGACGUCACCGCGCAACGAUGAAUCGCAACGCAUUUGGGGUACCGACAGUAACAUGUCCAGUUUACAGUCGCUGGAAGGUUCAGAGAUCGGUGGACGAACGCUCAGCUUGCAGAGAGAUUCCAGCGUGGAUAGCCGACUCUCCACCGGUUCUACAAAAAGUGAAAUGCUGGAACGAGAGAAGAAGCACGGUAAAGGAAUAAUAAAAAAGCUCACAACCAAAUUAACGAAAUCGGUUAGCGUGGACGAUCCAAACGUUUCCAUGGACCUUUCUCUUCAGACAUCGGGUUCCGAGACGAGUAUCAGCGAGAGGACUGAAAAGAGGAACCUGAAGAAGAAGUUAACGGACAUGUUCAAAAGAGGUUCCAGAAGCAACAGCGUAGAGAAGAAGCUUAACUCUACGAAUCACAGUAGACCACCCUCGAGGAACUCUACGACAUCGAACAAGUAACUUCGCGGCAUCCUUUGCUCAGAGCUAGGCGUAAUCAACGUAAUUAUUGUUCAAGCGUGCAACAGCAACGAACGACGCUACGAUUAAAUAAAGGGGAUUGCUCAAUUACGCGUAUCAGAGCAUAUACGAGAAAAAGAUUACAUUAUAUUCUUGUACAUAUCCGAUGUGCCUUUACCGAUUGUAAUUAUAGACUCGCAAGUUGUAAUUGCAGGCUCGCGCGAGCAUUUCCAGAACAAAUGUAAAAGCAACCCGCGCUACGCGACGCUGCGAAACAAUAAAAGGAACGUGCAAUAAAUAAAGAAGCACACGUGUGUUCCAUGGUCGGCGCGGUG